AUGGCAUCCAAGUUCCUCCGAGAGUACAAGCUGGUAGUAGUCGGCGGCGGAGGUGUGGGAAAGUCGUGCUUGACCAUCCAGCUCAUCCAGUCCCACUUCGUCGACGAGUAUGACCCGACCAUCGAGGAUUCGUACCGCAAGCAGUGCGUCAUCGACGACGAGGUCGCCCUCCUCGACGUGCUCGACACAGCCGGCCAGGAGGAGUACUCGGCGAUGCGCGAACAGUACAUGCGGACGGGCGAGGGCUUCCUGCUCGUCUACUCGAUAACCGACCGCCAGUCAUUUGAGGAGAUCAUGACGUUCCAGCAGCAGAUUCUCCGGGUCAAGGACAAGGACUACUUCCCCAUGAUUGUAGUCGGCAACAAGUGCGAUCUCGACGGCGAGCGGCAGGUGUCCACACAAGAGGGUCAGAACCUCGCACGGCAAUUCGGCUGCAAAUUCAUCGAGACCUCGGCCAAGAGCCGCAUCAACGUGGACAACGCUUUCUACGACAUUGUGCGCGAGAUCCGCAGAUAUAACAAGGAGAUGUCAUCGUACACAGGCGCACAGUCAGGCGGCCAGCAGAACGGCGUGUCCAAGAUGGGCAUGGACGACGGCAGCGACGAGAAGAAGGGCUGCUGCGGGUGCGUGGUCAUGUAG